AUGACGUUUUCGAAUAUUCCGCACCCCGGGACGGGCGCGAUGGGGCGCCGUGGACGCCGCGCGCGGGCGCUCGCGGGGGCGAUCGCGUGCGCGAUGCCCGCCGUGGCGCGCGCGAAGACGCUCAAGGAGCGCAUCGGCGGUGGGAACUGGUUCGCCACCGCGAACGGCGAGUGCGAGUGCUUGCUCCUGAGCGACCCGAGGUGGAAGUGCGCGCCGCGGGCGUACGCCGAGGCGUUUCCCGCGGACGUCGCGGAGGAUAUUCUGAAAGAUGCCCUGCGCGUGGCGGAGCGCAAGGGGUGGGAACGCGAACGGGAUGAGGUGUGGGGCGGAUUGGACGAGACGCGCCAAGUGGACGCGAGCGCGCUGAGCGAACGCGUGCGGAGAGAAUUGAGGAGCGCGUACGAGAAGACGUUGAUCCCGCUCGCUCGGGAGCAGUGCGUGAUCGAUGAUCAUCUCAAGUUCGAGGACGAUGAUUGGUACGUGGUGCGGUACGACGCGAAGGAGUUUCCGCGGGCGUCGCGACACCGCGACGGGGGACACAUGACGUUUGUGGUUUCGCUCAAUAACGUCACCGAGUACGAGGGUGGGGGGAGCGUGUUCGAGGGUCUGGCGUUUUCUGUACCGCAUGGGGGCGUGCACAAGCUGGAGGAUCACGACAUCCCGGCGCAGCCGAUCGGGGGAACCACGGUGCACGGAUCGCAGCUCAUGCACUGGUCCAACGCCGUGACCUCGGGGACUCGAUACGUCCUCGUCGGGGAGACGACCGUGAACAAAUCGUGCUGCUGGGACAUGACGGCACACAUGAAUAGACUCGCGAACAAGGCCAUGGUCAUCGCGUUCUUCUUCCUCGCCAUCGUGUGGGGCGUCCUCGGCACGAUGAUGAAGAAUAUUCAAAAGGCGAGAAACGGCGGCAAGGAAAAGGUUUGGUGA